CAAUGCCACCUUCCUAUACAAUGAUUCAAUGGGCUGUCUUGGAGGAAACUGAAGCCAAAGAUUAGAGGAUUUUAGACACACAUGGGAGAAUUCAUACUGUUUAUCCUUUUAUUCAUCUUUUAAGAAAAAAAUAUCCAUUUACUUAGUCAGAAUUGGGGGGGUGAAGGUAAUCCAUCAAAUCAAACCAUGGACACCUCUGGUCACUUUCAUGAUUCAGGGGUUGGAGACAUGGAGGAUGAAAUUAAGUGCCAGUGUCCCCUGUCUGGGGACGAACAUCAUCAACAGCAGCCACAGCAUCCUUAGCAGCUGCAGAGCCAGACAUUUCACCACAGCCUGUUGCACUCCUCUCCAACUGCUUUCAGAGCACACUCCUUCAUCCAAUUCCACGGCUCUCACCCUUCCUCCAGACAGGGCAGCCAGCUCAAUUUAAAUGACCACUUGGUUGGACAUUCUCCAAGUUCGGCGUCUACAAGUGGGGCUGGAGGAGGAUGCAAGCACAGACAAGCAAGUCCUCUUGUCCACAGGAGGGACAGCAACCAGUUCACGAUGAUAGCCAAGUCUUGUAAAUAUACAGGCGGGGUGAUGAAGCCCUCAGCCGAUUAAGUGCCUCAAGAAGGAACCCUUAUAGAGUCUGAGCCAGAGAGCCAACCUCUCCAGAUCUUCAACUCCAGCAACCCACCUGAGAUAGUUAUUUCGUCAAAUGAGCACCACUCCAACCAAACCCUGCAUCACCACCCCAACACCAACCACCAACACUCAGGGCACAUAACAGCACUAACAACCCCAAAGGCCAACAAGAGAAAAAAUCAAAAUAUUGGAUACAAGCUGGGGCACAGAAGAGCACUUUUUGAGAAAAGGAAGAGGCUAAGUGACUAUGCCCUCAUUUUUGGAAUGUUUGGAAUAGUUGUUAUGGUGAUAGAGACAGAAUCUGUCAGGGGUUUGUACGCAAAGGAUUCCAUGUUUUCUUUGGCCCUGAAAUGCCUUAUAAGUUUAUCCUCCAUAAUCCUUCUGGGGCUGAUCAUCGCAUACCAUGCGCGUGAGGUGCAGCUCUUUGUAAUAGAUAAUGGAGCAGAUGACUGGAGGAUUGCAAUGACAUAUGAACGCAUCUUCUAUAUCAGCCUGGAGUUGCUGAUUUGUGCCAUCCACCCCAUCCCUGGAGAGUACAAGUUCUUCUGGAACGCUCGACUGGCCUUCUCCUACACACCUUCCCAAGCGGAGGCUGAUGUGGACAUCAUUCUCUCCAUCCCCAUGUUCCUGAGGCUCUACUUGAUUGCCCGGGUUAUGCUUUUGCACAGCAAGCUUUUCACGGACGCUUCAUCUCGCAGUAUUGGAGCACUAAAUAAGAUAAACUUUAACACACGAUUUGUGAUGAAAACUUUAAUGACAAUCUGUCCUGGAACGGUGCUUCUGGUCUUCAGCAUAUCUCUGUGGAUUAUUGCAGCCUGGACAGUCAGAGUGUGUGAAAGAUACCAUGACCAACAGGAUGUGACCAGUAACUUCUUAGGAGCCAUGUGGCUCAUCUCCAUUACCUUCCUCUCCAUAGGAUAUGGGGACAUGGUACCAAACACAUAUUGUGGGAAAGGUGUUUGCUUGCUCACUGGCAUCAUGGGAGCAGGAUGCACUGCCUUAGUUGUUGCUGUGGUUGCUAGAAAGCUGGAACUCACCAAGGCGGAGAAACACGUUCACAACUUUAUGAUGGACACGCAGUUAACCAAAAGGAUAAAGAAUGCAGCAGCCAAUGUCCUGAGAGAAACGUGGCUCAUUUAUAAGCACACAAAACUUCUGAAGAAGAUCGAUCAUGCCAAAGUCAGGAAGCACCAGAGGAAGUUUCUCCAAGCCAUUCACCAACUAAGAAGUGUGAAGAUGGAGCAGAGGAAGCUCAGUGAUCAGGCCAACACUCUUGUGGACCUCUCCAAGAUGCAGAACGUCAUGUAUGACCUCAUUACUGAGCUCAAUGAUCGGAGUGAGGAUUUGGAAAAGCAGAUCAGCAGCCUUGAGACCAAGCUUGAUCAGAUCAACUCCACUUUUAACACUCUUCCAGUUCUCAUUGUGGACGCCCUACGGCAGCAACAACAGCAUCUCCUGUCUGUGGUGCUUGAGUCUCGAGGAAUCGGAGUUGCGAUGGGCACACCUCAGACCCCUUUAUCUGAUAGUCCCAUGGGCAUCAGCUCAGCGUCUUUUCCGACACCGCACACCAGUUCGAGCAGCUGCUGAGUGGGCAUCACAAAGAGCCUAGGCUUUUAAUGCCUAAACUGUGUCUCUCUCACUAGAAAUAUAUAGGAGGGUGCCAGCUAUCCGAAGAGACUUUUGGCUUCCUAAACAUCAUGUAAUCUCAGCUAACUCAUGAUGCACCUCAUUGUGAGGAUGGCCGUCAGCUCUCAUUGAGAACGAAUAGAUGAACAGCUGCAAGAAAGACAGGGAAUUUUUCCUGUCCAACAUUCACUGCCAGUGUGGCCUGCGAUAUAUAGAGAAAUAUAUAAGGAGUACAGAUACUACUGCCAAUUUCCUCCCUGCUCUUACCCCUUGUAGUUUCCACUCUAAAAAUUCUGACCUCUGAGACCAAGCACUUUAAAGGUAGUUUCUACCAACACUGGUUGGUUAGUGUGUUGGGUUCCCUCCCCCCCCCCCCCCCGCCAAACUUCGGUUUGUUUCUUAUUCCUUAAGACUUCUAUAUGAUUUUUAAGUAGUGCCUGUAAUUAGGAAGUCAUUAAGGAGCUUCUAGCAGUAAGAGCAGGGUGGUCCUGCACUUUGGGGAAAAGGGAAGUUGGAAAACCAAAAAGAGCUUUAAUGUGCGGGGAUAGCGUGCAGGAUGUUGUUUACUUACUGCGAAGCAAUGUGCAAACCACUGUGUAACUGUAGCCUUCAGCUGCAGUAUCUGGAAUUUAAAAUCCGCUUGAAAUAGCGACUUAUACAUGGGGUAGACAUCAGUAUUCUAGCACUCCCUCUAUCCCAGAGACUAAAAUCCCCACCUACACAAUAGCUGGAUCUAUGCUUCAAACAAUCACAAUUUAAAGCUUCUUCUCCUGUUAAAACGCCUGCAAUAAACAAGCACAAAAUAUAGCAGGAAUGAGUAUAACUGCACAAUGCCGUAUUGUUAAAUACAAUUAGAACAAACCUGUAUUGGAAAAUGAAGUUGCACACCAGAAUCACUUAAUUGUUCCUAAGAUUGAAUAAUUAUAAUGUAAAUUAUAGUACAGCAUUAUAUUGUAGUUCACAAGUGUCAUUGGGCAUCGAUUAUCACUGAGAUAUUAGAUUCAUUAGGCUGAAAGGAUUUUUCUUCAUUAGAAAAAUAUUUCAUUUAAAGGGAUAUAAAAAAUCCUACAUUUUUCUUUCAUGAUUCAGGUAGAGCAUACAAUUCUCCCAUUUACUUCUAUUAUCUAAUUUUCUUUGUUGAAAAGUAUACCUAGGUAGGCUCAGGAGACGGGAGCUAGCUGCUGGCUGGUGGCUGCCUCUUCUCGCUAGCUUACUGAUGUGUUCAGCUAACUCCCGGUAGCGCAUUGCUGCUCCUUCAAUAAAGGAUACCAAGAGAAUAAAGCAAAAUUGAUAACAGAAGUAAAAUAAAAAAGUUGUUGAAAUGUGUAAGCUUUAUCUGAAAAGAAAAAUGUGGGGUUUCAUGUCCCUUUAAGUAUUUAAAGCGUGGAGUCACUAUCAGUGAUGUGCUAUGUGUAAGUGGCACAGGUUUAUGUUUCAAUGAGCCAUGAUUAAAAACAACUAAAUUCUAGCAUUGUGAUGGCUUAAAGGGACAGUCAACACCAGAAUGUUUGUUGUUUUAAAAGAUAGAUAAUCCCUUAAUUACCAAUUCCCCAGUUUUGCAUAAACAACACAGUUAUAAUUAUACUUGUUUUACCUCUGUAAUUACCUUGUAUCUAAGCCUCAGCAGACUGCCCCCCUUCUGUUCUUUUGACAGACUUGCAUUUUAGCCAAUCAGAGCUGUCUCCAUGGUAAAUUCACGUGCAUUAGCUCAAUGUUAUCUAUAUGAAACACGUGAACUAAUGCCCUCUAGUGGUGAAAAACUAUCAAAAUGCAUUUAGAUUAAAGGCGGCCUUCAAGGUCUAAGAAAUUAGCAUAUGAACCUCCUAGGUUUAGCUUUCAACUAAGAAUACCAAGAGAACAAAGCAAAAUUGGUGAUAAAAGUAAAUUGGAAAGUUGUUUAAAAUUAUAUGCCCUAUUUGAAACAUGAAAGUUUUUUUUGGACUUGACUGUCCCUUUAAGAAUGUAGCUCCUCCUGCAUCUCUCUGUAUUGAUAUGUUAAGUUUUUUUCCUUAUUUUAUAAAAUGUUCCAUCAAGAAUAAUUGGUAAUCAUGUCCAUUUAAAGGGAUACUGCCAUACACAAGCAUAAUCCAGUGGGGUAUUUACAGUGCUAGCUUUUCUACUUGCUAUAUUCUAUAAACAUAUUUAUUAUGUGUCUGCUGCUGUCUGUACCUUUACAGCCCAGAAAUAUUGUAGUUUUUGCUUACUGCAAAGUUUUGCUGUUUUCUAACACAGGCAAUAUAAUCACAGCCUACAUUUUGCCAACAAUUAUUGAAUUAAAAAUGUGUUUUAUUUAUAAAAAAAAAAAUUGAAGUUGUAAUAAAAAGAUUCAUAAAAUUAUUUUCCAAGCUAAAAAUAAACAUUUAUAUUUUAGGCAAUAAACGUCAUGUCGGUUUUGUUAAAUGCUUAAAAUAUAAAAAAUGAGAUCCUAUGUUUUUUAGAUGAUAUUUAAUGGUCAGUCUAAAACUAUGUAUUGGAGAGUUCUUUAGUGCUCUCAUGCUAACAAAACAAACAGCUUUGGCCUUUUAUAAACUCGGGGAUAGGCACUGUUUACCUGCCCCGAGUGUGGAUAUAAUGUGAUCAGUGAGUAUCCACCAAUCAGCAGCGCACUAGGUUCUGAGAUCAGCACUCAGAAUGUGUAUAAUGCGCUCAUUGUGGGGUCUGUAUUUGAUCCUGGAAAUUGCUUAGAAAGUUAUGUAUUUUUUAAACUUUUUACAAAUGAGUCAGAAAUACUUGUGUGCUCUGCUUCUGGAAUACAUACUACAGCCGCGCUCACCACAUUUAAAUUCUGGUGGUAGUACCCAUUUAAAAAUGCAUUGCAAGAGCAAGUCAGUUAUACUCAGAAAUGCAAUAUAAUGCAGCAUGUUUAUUUGCAGGGGUUAUCAAUGUAAGAAAUCUACUUUGAGAUGGAGCAAGUAACAGGGCAAGACCAUUACUGUGAGUAUAGGCAGACCUAGGGAUACUCUGCCUCUUGUCCCUUUGUAUGAGGAGGACUAUGACAGUGACACAAAUCUGCACACAUACUAAUAUUAGCGGCAUCUUUUUAUUCAUGGGUGUGUGUUGCCAUAUUAUAUAAAGCGUUACUUUCUUGGUUGUGUUACCACAAGAUAUCGAAUUUACAUUUAAACAUCUGGCUAUAUUGUUUACUGUAAAUCCUCUGCUAGCUGUUUCCACAGGGAGAAAACAUCUAAAAUUUAGACAUAUUUAUUCUGCCCUGUGACAUUUAAUAGUUUGUCAAUCUGUAACAGGGACCAGUAAUACGCUGCGCUGUCAAUAAAAAAAAAAAAAAUCACUUGGUGUAAAUGUAGUGUAGGUUGAAAUUUAAACCAGUGCUUGUCUUGUGCCUUAAUUAUCAUUUUAAUAUAGGCAAAACAACAAGACUAUAAAAAAAGCAUUUUCUUAAUAUACAUUAAAAGGUGGCGAGGCGUGGAUUCUACCACAGUCAGUGUUAUCUCAGAAAACUGUGUAGCUUUUCCACUUUCCUUUUGAAAUAAGUCUGGUUCAGAAAACAUUAUUGAAACCCCACCACUUUCCUAUUAAUUAUUUACUUUUCCAAUGAAUAAAACAUAUAUUUAUACUGAGCUUAUUACACAUCAACGGUCCUAAUUUAGUAACUUGUAUUAUCCUCCAACAAAACUCAAGCCACCAAAAGGUUUGUCAUCUUAAUAUAACUAUAGGCUUUCAUUGUAGCGUAGAUACACCACAUUAAGGUCUAGAUGACAAGCUCAAAAAUAUUAGCACUAUUGUGUGUUAACAUCUCUUUUGCCCUCAUUUUACAAGCCCAGUUUUCAUUUUUAUCACUUGAGUUACAGUUUAGGGUGCGUCAACAUCUGCAUGCCAGAGAGUAUGAAUGCACUAAAUCCUUUACAUUAUAGACUUCCAUGGGGUCGUGCAGUAAAAUACAUGUCGGAUAUUACUUGAGCGCUAAGCCAAUGGUGUAAAGGUGGUGGAAUACUCCAUGUAGUUCUGUGCCAAACUAUUAAUAAUAAUGGUUUAGUUCAGGUCUUACAAAGCGGUAACUUACAGUAGUAUUUUGGAUUGCACUGGAGAGCAAAAUGUAUCUCACCACUUGUAAUACGAGAGCAAUCAGUGCACUAAUAGUGCUCCAUUCGCUAUUUAUUAAGACUAUAGGGUGCGCUAAAAAAGGUUUUGGCCGUGUUAAGUUGCUUUUCUUAAAAUAUUUAACCAUCGUAUUGCGUUAUUCUUUGUGUGAGGUCUUACAAAAGACAACAAACCUGGAACUAUUGAUUAUGUUCCAUUUUUAAUCUAGCCCUAAAUUAGAUAUUUUAACUUGUUUGAACAUUUAUAAUAUUUAGUUAUUCUUCUAGUGUGACCCAGAGUGAAUGAUUACACAGAGAAAAGGUACUGUUGCCUCAUACACCUCUAAAAAAAAGGCCCUUUUAGUUUGUAUGACUGGUGAGGCUUGGUCUUGCCAAAUAAACUGGAGCUUAGUGUGUCUGUCUUCUUAUUAAACUCAUAACUAAAAAUGUCUCGUAACAAUAAAAAAGGCAUAUGACAAAUGGGUUCAGACUUCAACCAUAGCUACAUGUACAUCAGGUGGAAAAUGUUUUAACUUUGUUUAGAAACAUUAUGGUGUGAACAUGUGGUAUUUGCCUCACAGACGAAUGUAGAAAGUCCUGGGCUCUCUCCGUACAUGUGCCCAACUAGUUAUGCGUCUACAGCAAUUCAUUACAAUCCAUCCUCUUUUAUUUUAUUAAAUAUGUAUCUUCCUUGGACAUAUUUUUUUAUAUUUUAUAAGAGAUAUCCUAACCAAGCGAGCUAUUUUAUACUCUUUCUAUAUAGACAAAACGCUGUUGUUGUGCCCCUGUCUCAUUCAGGGGCAUUCACUCCUAUCCAUGGUAAAAAAAAGAAUAUAUAAUAAAUUUGCAAUUAAAUAUAUAUAA